UUCUCUGAGCUAGGUUGGGAUAUUGAGGAUGGAGAGGCAUGAAGUUGUGAAGAAGUACCCAAGAACUCCACAUCUCCCGUUUAGUCCGGGUGUGCAGAGUGACGACGUAGUGAUCGGGGAGGCGGAGCUGGGCUCUCUUCCCCUGCUCAGCGAGGAGACAGUUCUCACUGAGAAACUGGACGGAGCCAACUGCAGCAUCUACCGUGGAACUGUGUAUUCUCGGACAGUAAACACUGCAGCCACCCACCCGUCAUUUGGCCCUGUCAAAGAACUGGCGUGUCAACUCAACUACAGCAUGCCCGACAAUAUCCAGUUGUUUGGAGAGAACAUGUUUGGAGUCCACUCCAUCGAGUACGACGGACUCACGUCAUUCUUCUAUGCCUUUGCUGGACUGAGGGAUGGAGAGCAGUGGUUGGGGUGGGAUGAGCUCUGUGGUCUAGCGAGAGAUCUGGAUGUUCCUAGUGUACCAUUACUCAACAGACAAACAGUAGGCCAACACUUUGAUGUGUUACUAGUUAGCGACUCUCUAUGAGACUACUAAGAAAAGUUACCAUGUUCUUGGUGGACGAUCCAAAUAGCGUCUCUUUCUAAAUAUUUCCCCUACAACGCUGUGGUUCUCAUCAGAGCAAACUCAGUUUUGGGAACACACGGUGGUGUUUAAUCAUACUACCAUGCAACAUAUUUUAGGUGAGCGAGCGCAUGAGUAUCAUGCAGAUUGCAUGCACAAUUGCAAAUUUUAUCUCAGUUACGAAUGUGGCAUACAUUUUCAUGGCGCAUGAUUUGUUGGUUGUUAAUGUCUGUGCAAUUCAGACGACUAGCCAAUUUAUAGCACGUGUACUACAUUGUGGUUCAAAACACCAGCCUUUUUAAGGGUCAUUGACAGGAAACAUCCCAUCCCUUCGCAAUUUGCAGUUUUCUUCCUUCGGCCAGCUGCAGCAAACCAUUCAACUGAACAAGUCACAGUGUGGCAGUUGUCCUGCUGAAGGAGUUGUACUGAGAACAGUGAGAGGAUUCUCAUUCCACGAGUUUGAUAGAUACACAGCAAAGUACGUGAGAGAGAACCACAUACAGACUGAUGCCACGUGGAGACGGACAUGGAAGCAAGCAACUUUAGUCAAAUAAACAUGGACACCUGUAUCUACUUGUCCAUUACUCUAAUUCAGAAGCAACCGAGACCGCUGUUGAGUUUGUUCACUGAAAGUAACAUCAUCCAGUGUUGUGUUAUCCAAAUUG